GGAUUAUUGUUUGCUCUGGCGCUUUGCAAGCCGCAGCACACGGCACAAAGCAUCAGAAUACGCAGCGCGACGCUUGUACGCCGCCGUCACUGCCACAUCCUCAAACAGUGCAAGAACGCGGUGCCGCAACGCCGCGCUGGGCCACAAUCCGCCCACACACCUUGAGAACACAAACGCAACGAUGCUCCAGACGCCCCACACGCCCGAAAAGGACGCCGCCUUCGUGAGCCGCAUCCGCCGCUACGACUCGACGGAGUGGGCCUCGCCGCAAGUGACGCCGACGAGCGGCGAGCGAUUGGUCGCCGCGCGCGCGCUGGGCCUGACGCCGUCGCCGCCGCGGAGCCGCAACCCGAGCCCUCCUUCACAACAACGCCAGUCGCCGUCUUUAAUUUGGGCCGCCGUCGCGCUUGGUUUACUCGUGCGGCACGCGUGUUCGCUGCAUCCCUACAGCGGUGAGGGCGACCCGCCGCGCUACGGCGACUACGAGGCCCACCGCCACUGGAUGGAGAUCACGCACCACCUCCCCUUGAACCAGUGGUACGCGUACGACACGGAGUACUGGGGCUUGGAUUAUCCGCCGCUGAUGGCCUACAUUGAAAAAAUACUUGGUUUUCUAUCGCAUGCCUACGACCCGGCGAGCGUGGCGCUCGAUUCGUCGAGAGGCUACGAAGAGAUCCAUCACCGCGCGUUCAUGCGUUUUACGGUUUUAGUUGUUGACGCGUUGGUGGCCGUGUCGGCCUUCGUCGCCCUCGCGUGCAAGCUGGAGGCCACGACUAAAAGACGCUCAUUACUGAUAGCGCUCUGCGUCCUCGCGCCGGCGCCGAUCCUGGUGGACCACGGCCACUUCCAGUACAACUGCCUCCCGCUCGGGCUGACGUUGUGGAGUGCUUUAUUCAUCGACGACCGGCCCUGCCUCGCGUCAUUCUUAUUCACGCUCGCGCUCCACUCGAAGCAGACGGCGCUCUACUACGCGCCGGCCGUCUUCUGCGAAUUGCUAGGACGAAACUUGGAGGUCAAGAAGAUCGUCUGUUUAGGCGUGGUCGUGCUCAUGACAUCACUCCUACUGUGGCUCCCGCUGAUCAAAGAGGGCGUCGCGUUCCAAGCCUUGCGGCGCUGCUUCCCCGUCGCGCGCGGCGUCUUCGAGGACAAGGUCGGCAACGCGUGGUACGCCGCGCAAGUGUUUCUGCGGGCGCGCGACCGGCUCGACCAAUCGUCACUCAUAAAAGUCGCGGCAGUCUUGACGGCGUUGGGUUCCUUCGCGCCGUGUUUAUUAAGGUGCCGCCGCGUCGCGCGGGGCCAGGACCGAUCCCUAGCGAAUAUCUUGCGGUCGCUGCACGUCUCCGCAUUGGCCUUCUUCCUCUUCUCGUACCACGUCCACGAGAAGGGGAUCCUCGUGCCGCUCUACCCUUUAUUACCAUUGAGUUUGGCGGAGCGGGACUACGCCGCGGCGUUUUCGCUGCUAUCGGCGUUCACGCUGCUGCCCUUGUUACAGUACGAGGGUUUGGCGCUUGCCUACGGCGCUUCUGUCGCUUUAUACGUCCUGGCUUGGUACGAUCAUAAACCAAGAAGGGCGUUCGCGGCCUUCGCGGGUCUCGUGCCGCUCCAUUUUGUGCCCCUCGUGGUCCCGCCGCCGGCGCGCUACCCGGACUUGUAUCCGGCGCUCGUCGCGCUGUUGGGCGCGGCCGGCUUCGGCCUCGCUUAUAUCAUGGUGGCUUUGCAUGAAUUGAAGCCGUGGCGGCGGGGCAAAGUGGACUAAUGAUAUUUAAU